GUUGCCUUGGCGAGAGGAAGGGCAUACCGUAUAUGACCUCUGCUUCACAUAUACUUCCCAUUUGUCAACGAAGGAAGCUCUCGUAGGGCUGCUGCAAUGAAGACCAAAGCUUGUGUUAUUAUUUUGGCUUUACUAUUACGAAGCGCUUUGCAAGCACACAUCUGCGAGAAGACACCAGAUGCUCAAGUCAUGCUGGCAGUGCUGAAACCAUGCGCAAAAAUUUUCAUCGAUUGCAUAGCCAAGUACUUCGUUGUUUACAGGCCAAAUCGUCAUACCGUGCUUGAGUUCAUGAAGAGCAUAUGUGAAUCUGCCCCAAAUUGUCUGCAGUCCAGCAACACAUCACUGACGAAAACACAGUCAAAUGUGGAAUUCGCACAAUGUAUGCUUGAAGUAUUGAUGAUGAGCAAAUUCGCUUCAAUGAUAGCGGUCCAUGAACCCAACCCAAAAGCUGUCUUGGAAGAAGGCAUGCGUUGCGCCAUGCCGUACAGCGAGAGUUUGUUGAGCACGGAAGAACAUGUUAAUGCUGCGGCUCAUUGGAUUUUCGAAGCCCUGCGAAGCGACGACCCUAAGAUAAGUCUGCUGAACUAACGAAAUAAAUCU